GCUGUGAGCCACCACAAGGCAGGGGCGACUCUCGUCAGCUGAGGCCGGAGCUGGCUGCAAGGCACACCCAGCUCGCUGACUGCCUGCACAGACACUGACCACUCGACUCUCAGCUUCCCGACAGAGGUGUUAAUCUGAGGGUCUGACACCCCCUCCUGCCCACUGUGCUUCCAUCUCUCAGGGGUGUCUCCUCCACAGGAUGAUCCCCAAGGAGCAGAAGGGACCAGUGAUGACUACCACGGGGGACCUCACUGAACCAGUUCCUUUGCUGGACCUGGGCAAGAAACUGAGCGUGCCCCAGGACUUGAUGAUGGAGGAGCUAUCACUGCGUAACAACAGAGGGUCCCUCCUCUUCCAGAAGAGACAGCGGCGCGUGCAGAAAUUCACCUUUGAGUUUGCAGCCAGCCCUCGUGCUGUCGUGGCAGGAAGUGCAAAGGAGAAGGUGACUGGAACAGCAGAACCUGGGACGGUUGCCAACAGCCAUGAGGGGCAGAACUACCGCUCUGAGCUCCACAUCUAUCCCGCCUCGCACGGGGGCCCUGGGGAUGCUGAGUCCAUGGCCUCCCGGCCACAGCGCCACAACCCCAGCGCCCUGGCACCAGGUUAUGCUGAGCCACUGAAGGGCAUCCCACCCGAGAAGUUCAACCACACAGCCAUCCCCAAGGGCUACCGCUGCCCGUGGCAGGAGUUCAUCAGCUACCGGGACUACCUGGGCGAGGGCGGAAGUCACACCCCCAGCCUGGCGGAGUAUCGAAAUUUCAACAAGACCCCGGUGCCCUUUGGAGGAACCCUGGUGGGAGAAACCCUUCCGAGGGCAGGCACCCCCUUCGUUCCGGAGCUCAUCAGUGGCUUGGAACUCCUUCGCCUCAGGCCCAGCUUCAACAGAGUGGCCCAGGGCUGGGUCCGCAACCUCCCAGAGUCUGAGGAGCUGUAGCUCCAGCACCUUCACUUCCCUCAUCUCAGAGUUCGAAUAACACCUGGAGCCAAGAUUUGUGGCCAGUACAUCACAGUUUAUAAAGGGCCAUUGCACACAAAACCUUACUGUAAAUGGCCUCAAAGUCACAGAGUUCAGCAGUUCCCAAUGUGGCAAGCUUCAAAAUCACCUGGGGGUAUUUUCCUACAGGUUUCUGACCUGCCCAAACCUGCAGCACCAGAAUCCCCUGAGCAGAGGAUCUCUAUUAGUAACUCGCACUCCGAGCUGAUUCUAAGAAAACUUGGCCCUGGUUUGUGUCUUUAGGAAUCCAAGCCUUCAAUGACUUCACCUCCAGCCUCCACUUCUGCUCCUGUACUCUAGCUGUCUCCCCCAGUGACAGGGAGCCCACUAGCUGCCUAUUUACCUGUGAAACACUCUGAUAAUUAGUUUUUCCUUUUACUGAGACACAGAUGGUCUUUAUCUAUUCACGCUGCUAACAUUUACUAAGCACCAACUGUGUGUUAGCUGCUGUGCCAGCCAUAGGGAGAAGGUGGGGAAUAAGCCCAGGCCCUAGCCUAGAAAGAGGGAGGAAAAGACAGUAGGGAAGACAGAUUUGUAAAGUGGUAGAUCACCUUAAUGCUCCCUAAAGCACGCUGACAACUGCGGAACCAUGGGAAGCAGAGGGGGUCUCUAACCCUGGGUGUGGGGUGGGGAACUCUGGGAGGUGUCCCAGAAUUUGAGCAGGGCCUUGGAGGACUGAAGGGAGGGGGUGUGACAAGGAGGUUGUGGAGAUGAAGGCAUUUCUGGCAAGUGGGUGGUGAGUGCAAGGGUGCAGAACUGUCACAGAUGCAAGUGUGAAGAAGGGGGAUGGCAGUGUCAGAGAAGGCGGUGAGUCCUCAGUGGGGCAGAAUGGGGUGGGCUGCACUAAGGAGAUGGGGAAGUUCUUAAGCUGGGGAGUGAGGGGUCUCGCUGGUUGCUGUGUGGGGCACAGACCGGAGAGGCGCAAGGCCAGAUGCUGGGAACCCUUCAAGGAACGAGGCCUGGACUAGGGAGGCAGCCAUGCGGUCAAAGGAAGGAGCACCCCUCGGCACCCUCCAGGGCAGGUGCAGAGUGGGGUGCUUCCAAGGACGACUCCCUGCCACCCGCUUCCACUCACCAUUUGGAGCAGACCCCGGGCUAGAUCUCGUUCUAGUGCCCACCAGGCGUAGUUCGGCCCAUACGCAGGCUCCUUGGAAAGACGCGAAGGGAGCGCCUCCCUGCAGGUAUGAGUGGUGCUGCUGAUGGCGGCUGCUUUUUAUUGGGUGCCUCGGUGCUCGCGCUGGUAGCAGGUGUUCUACAUCGCCCAUUUCUGAUUUUCAGUAUAACCUUGAGACAAAGGUGUGGGCCCGCCUUACAGAUGUGGCUAUCCAGGCCUAAAAAGGGGAAGUGACUCGUCUGGGGACAAAGCCAAAGUGGGGACCUGUCCAAUUCCAGUGAAUAUUUCUUAUCACUCCACUGGGUAGCCAAGUCAGUGCCCAGUGAGUCUGGAAUCACCUAGUCCUGGUGUCAUGCUUUUAGAGCUUAAGAGUGCAGUGGGGGUCAGACUGGAUGGGGUGGGUUCUAGUGCCACCGCUAGCCGUGGGAACGAGCAAGUCAUUUCUCACCAUGGGCCUCUGUUUCUCCACUUGUGAGAUGAGGACAAGAGUUCAAGACCCUGCAUGGGGUUUUGUGAGCAUAGUGACGGGCACACAGGUAAUAAGCAGUCAGAUUUUAGGCAACUACUGCUCUUGGCUGGAUAAGAUGUUCCUGCAGUGAAUGCACCCUGAGAAGUAGGCUCAUGGAAUUGUCACUGGGGGUCAGUUAGGCUGAAACCUGAAGGAGAGCCUCCGAUGACCAUAGGGCUCCCUUUGGACAUGACUUACUCCUUCCCCACUGCCUCCUUCUGCCUCCUCCCUGACUCCCUCUCCUGGGGAGAGGAGAAUGCCACAAAUCUAGCUGAUUCCCAGGUGUGUAUGCUGGAAAUCUAGCUGAUUUCCAGAAACAGAAAGAAAAUGGCUGCAUCUUCCUUUUGCUCCAGAGGAGUUUCGCUGUGCCCCACCCAGCCUUAAGGGGCCAACAGCUGAUUUAGAUUUACUUGCAAUUGAUGUGCUGUCUUGAAUGUGGGGGCUGCCAUUUAAAGCUGUGUUUCUAUGAACUGAAAACCAACCGUGAAAGUGUCCGAAACAAGGAAGAGAGGAUAUGGACUGUCUUGGGUUGGCUCUGCUGUGCUCUGAGGGUAAUGUUAGCCAGCGGGUAUGGGAGAGAAGCUUGCUGCACCCCAGAGUAAAUCCCCAUUCCUUCUUUUUUCUGAGGUGACUCUUACUGAUGGUGUUUAAAAAAAAAAAAAAAGAAUGCUUAUUGUAAAAGUAAAUAAAUAAAUGAAGUAGUAAAAUGUGAAGGUAUCGGUCCAUAGAGCUCCUCCCAUACACAUACGGAGCCCUUCCCUCCUUCCUGCAUUCUGCCCCAUUCCCAUACAUACACCAGAGGUAACCACUGCUAAUUGUUUGGUCCCCCUAGGAUUCUAGACUUAAUUGAAUAAAGAUGUACAUGUAUAUAGAUA